AUGGGCGGGCCAUCUUCGAUUGAAGGAGAUUUGAAGAGACAAACUGCACGAUUUCUGCGGGCACAACACCACCCUGCGAGAUAUCAGGACAUCAAGGAGGACUGCGUGAUUUUGGCUCAAGAAGAGGAGGCUCUGGACAGAAGUCACAAGAGAGGGAUUGAAGUGGCGGUCAACGUUCCCAAGACCCGUCGCACCUAUUGCAAGGGCAAGACCUGCAAAAAGCACACCCAACACAAGGUCACCCAGUACAAGGCCGGAAAAGCCUCUCUGUUCGCCCAGGGAAAGCGUCGAUACGACCGCAAGCAGUCCGGUUAUGGUGGUCAAACGAAGCCUGUGUUCCACAAGAAGGCCAAGACAACCAAGAAGGUCGUGCUGAGACUGGAAUGCACGGUCUGCAAGACGAAGGCACAAUUGUCGCUGAAGCGUUGCAAGCACUUCGAGCUGGGUGGUGACAAGAAGACGAAGGGUGCUGCUCUGGUGUUCUAA